UCCCCGACCGUCAGCCAGCCAGUCAGUCAUCCUCACCCCGCCACACUGACCGGACACGCCACACCCGCCACACCUCGGCCACACCUCGGGUCUUCCAUCCCCCCGUCUCGUAGUCGUCGAGGAGUUACAGAGCUGUCGUUCCUCUCGGCUGUCGCGCCCGCUUACAGCCGCCAACCACCUCGUUGGCUGGCUAUAGCAGUUUGCGUGUGCGUGUGUGGUUCUCUUGUGGUGCCGUGGCGAGAGAAUUAUUGUAGAAAGUAAAACUAGAACUGGCGGAAGUUUUACUGGAAUUGAGAAAUGACUAGCGAGUGCGCACUGGGAAUUCUUGAAAAAGUUUUGUGUGUCCUUCUUAAAGACGGUGUCUAUGAUUGUUUUUUUUUUCCUUGAAUUCAUUGCAAGUUGACUGAGCAGCGUCGGUGAUCAGCGCAUAUUUAUUUGUUUUAAUUUCUUAAGAAAAGUGGUGAUUUAUUUGUCCUAAGCUGCAGAAGUGCUUGAAAGGAAGUGAUCUGGGGGAAGAGAUUGUCGGAAUGUGAGGCUCGACCACCACAAAUCAACCACGUCAACUCAACCAUACCAAACCACCUCAAGACUUUAAGAUAUACCACCUUCCUCGUCUCCGGACACCGUCGCCAGACCACCAGACGCCUCACAAGCGUCUGGAAAGGUGGUUCGAAUCCUAGUAGUCUCAAUUAUCUUUUUUUUUAAGUUUCUUCUGUGGAGUGAAGAGUUUUGUUUGAUGUUCUCAAGAGAGUGACGACGGCAGUGGUGUGGGUACCGUCCCCCCGUGUGUGGGUACCGUCCGCCCGCGUGUGGGUAUCGUCCGCCCGUGUGUGGGUAGCGUCAGGGGCGCCCCUCAUACCCUCAGUAAGCAGCAGCAAUUGUCGCAGUUUAGUGAUAAUGUGUAGAAGAAGAGGCGGAGCGUAGCGCGGUACGCACCGUGCGACCCGACGCCUCCAGCGAACACUGUGUUUUGAGAUUGAUUGAAAUCAUCUGAUAACCGUCGAUUAUCACUGGAAAAAAAAGCAAAAUAAGACGUCCCUCCAGCGUGCAGAAUAUUAGCGUGAGCGCUAAUCAUCGGGAGGAGCUGCGAAGUCACUCAGCGAGUCGCUCCUUUUCUAGUAUGUAAGGUCAAGCGAGAAGCAAGCAAGCAAGCAAGCACCCGCCGUCAGUGUUCCGUCGCCGCCGUUAACUAGUGGCGUCGGGCGGGCGUCGCCUGCCGCCGCCGCUGCCCCUGGGACAGCUGCACGCAUCUGGUGUGUGUGUGUGCAGGUGCAGGUGCCCUCGGGUGCAGGCAGGAGUGCGUGUGUGUGGCGUCAGUAGCGGCCUGCAGGUAGGGUACUUGUCGCCGGCGCCGUGGCUCCCCAUGCAGGCGCCGCCGACCCGCGCGCCCUGAUGACGGUGGCGUGGCGCAGCGCAGGGGACAUGGCGACGGAGGUGGGCGGCAUGGGCGGGAUGAGCGGCGGGGGCGAACACCCUGGCGAACUGAUGAAGACCGGGUCGCCCAACAUCCUGUGUACGGCGCUCCCCAACCACUGGCGCUCCAACAAGUCGCUGCCCAUGUCCUUCAAGGUGGUGGCCCUCGACGACGUCAAGGACGGCACCAUCGUCACCAUCCGCGCAGGCAACGACGAGAACUUCUGCGGAGAACUGCGCAACAACUCCGCCGUCAUGAAGAACCAGGUGGCCAAGUUCAACGACCUCCGCUUCGUCGGGAGAUCCGGCAGAG